AUGGCUCCACAGCCAAACACUUCAAUGUUGCAACAAGUAAUGCCUCAAGAUCCAAACACUUCUAUUCCGCAACAAGUAAUGCCUCAAAAGCCAAACACUUCUAUGCCGCAACAAGUAAUGUCUCAAGAGCCAAACACUUCUAUGCCGCAACAAGUAAUGCCUCAAGAGCCAAACACUUCCAUGUUGCAACAAGUAAUGCCACAAGAGUCAAACACUUCCAUGUUGCAACAAGUUAUGCCUCAACAGCCAAACACUUCUAUGCCGAAACAAGUAAUGCCUCAACAGCCAAACACCCUUAUGCCGCAACAAGUAAUGCCUCACGAGCCAAACACUUCCAUGCCUUCUGUUCCAGAUUUCUCGCCCAGGAGGUCGCCAAGAUACGACACAGGACGACCAAGAAACUCUUCUGGCGAUGAGAUAAAGGAGUCCUUCGCACCCAACAGCCGUCCAGGUUCUUCCUCUGCCUGUAGUCGACUCCUUUAUGGUGGUCAGCGUAAUAGGAACACGGAUUGGUGGCCUGGCCAUUCAUUCAUUCUGAUGUUUAUCUCUAAGAUCAAUUUGUAA